AUGCCGGGCCUCACGCCUCCUCAGCCCGUGGCUAUCCGUGUGGUCCCUAAAGCCUCUUGUCGCCGCCUCGCCCUCCGCCCCCCUACCUCCCCCAGCCACGGCUGUCCAGCUGGCAUCGCGGCGCGGCCUUGUUAUCCGCCGCCCGGCAGCCAAUACGGACGGCUCGGAUCCCCGGGGACUUGUCCGGCGGCGCGGCCCUGGCUGCAGCCUAACCACCCACCGAUGUGCGCUCCUCAGCGAAACGGCGCCGCCCACCCAUUCCCUCCGCAGUGGCCUUCCCUCUCAUCCACUGACUCUGCCGUUUCUGCUGCCCUGCUGCCCAAGCCUCCACAAGCACCUGGGCGCCAGGCCGCGCCAGUCGACUCGUCGCCAAUAGUCGGCAGCAGUGUGCGGCUGUUGCUGGCUGCGCUGCUGGCUGCGGCGGUUUUGCUGCGCGACUGGCGCCACUAA